AUCAUCCACCUUUCUUUUGUGUUUGAAACUGUCCUCUGAGACCAGAAGUUCGGUGGAGAAUCUGCUGUUCUCUUAUGUCUGUAGGAGUGGGGGCCGACCUGUGUGGGGAUGAGGUGUUCUUCAGCCGGUUUCCGGUCCACCGAGCCUGUCGGGAUGGAGACCUGGACGCUUUGAUGUCUCUGUCAAAACGGACUCAUCUGAAUGCUGAGGACUCCUGCUACGGAUGGACUCCUAUUCACUGGGCUGCUCACUACGGACAGCUGGAGUGUGUGGUGUACCUGGUGCAGAUGGGCUGUAAGGUGAACACGGCGACCAGCCGCUUCAACCAAACACCGACACACGCUGCAGCGUUGGGAGGUCACCCUCACUGUGUAGUGUGGCUGACUCAGGCGGGGGCUGACAUCAACAAGCAGGACUUGGUUGGUGAGGCUCCCAUUCACAAGGCGGCUCGAUCAGGCAGCCUGGAGUGUAUCCAGGUUCUGCUGAUCGCCGGAGCAGAACCACAUUUGAGGAACGCCAGCGGACAGACGGCAGCAGACCUCGCCCAUGCUCACGGCUUCCACGACUGCUUCUGCUUCAUCUCCAACACGCCGACACACAGGGAGGGGGCGCCGCUCAGCAGGAAGAGGACGCUGCCCACCAAGGAAGCCUGCAACUUCAUGAAGAAAGCCAGGAGAGCUGAGGUGUUGGAGCAGCAGGUGGUGCAGAGCAGCUCAGGCGAGGAGGAGGAGAACAUGGACCUCAGCUCAGAUGACAUCACCAGAGCUGGACUCCACCACAGCCCGUCCUCUGGUCACAACAAAUGCCCCUCCUCCCCGCCCUCACCUCCGCCCACUUCAGCAGAAAUGUGCGGCUCGCUGCACCUGAGCAGCAGCCCGGGCAGGUCCGGGUCCCACCAGCUGAGGGGCGUGGACUGUGGGGACUUCCUGCUUUAUGGACACUACCAUGGCUUUGGAGACACAGCGGAGGACCUGAGCGACAGUUGUGAGUUCCAAACUGAGGGCGGCUACAAGCAACCUGGCCACGCCCACCUCUACCUCGGCUCAUAGGACUGAUGCUUCCUCCAGUCACCCCCAGAUUCUUCACUGCAACACGUGAUCUUCAUCAUGGUUCUCCAGAUCAGAGACUGGCUCAUUCACAGUUAAAUGGUCUUCAUCAGACGUCCUGAAGGUCUUUCAAAGACCUUUUGGGACAUUAGCGUCGUUUUGUGGUAUUUUCAGUCAGUCAUUCCCCAUUUCUGGGAAAUGGUUUUGAUUUUGCUUUUAAGGAACUCUGACCAAUUUAACUCAAGGGAUGAGCCAGUGUGAAAUAUAAAUUUUAUUAAGUUAUAUCAGAAAGAUGACUAAAUAAAACCUAUAGUAGUGUUUCUGCACCAACAAGAAGAUAACCAAUCUGGUCCCGUUUCAUGAAAAACCGAUGUUCAGUCUGGAGAACCAAUGAUCCAGACCACUUCAGUGGUCAUGAAGAACACGAAGGCACCGUGUAUGAACUGUACUGGGAGGUGGGGGUCUGAUUCCUGAAUGGGAGCUAGACCAGAGUCAGCUAUGAUGUCAUCAUCUUGCUGUAGAUGGUCCUAGACAAUCCAGACCAGCAGGGUGGGGUAGGGUUCAGGUAUUUAAAGUCCUUUCACUUCGUCGGAGUAGGUGGAGUUUGAACCCCCACCCAAUAGAGGACAUUCAAAGCUGAGUUUUUUUUUAUAUAAGUAGAGAUGAUUCCAGAAGCAGAUCACUACAGGCACUAGUGGAGCAGAGUUCUUCUAAACCAAGGGCUGCUUCUCUGGUUGGUGUCCUUCCUGCUCCACCUUUACUCUGCUUUGCACUACCGAGGGCCGCCAUGUUGGGUUGUCCUCCACAUAAAUAAGGUUCUCCGUCCGUUAGCGAGAGGAACAAACCUGCACUGAGACGGCCCACAGCAGCCCUCGCUCUACCAAAGGGACUGUAGAUAGUUUAGUACGGUGCUGAUGUGGGUGUGUUCGGUCCGAGCUGUGCACCAGCCUGCCUUACAGCAGCGCGCCAGGGUCAGAGGUCACCGCUGCCCUUUCAACGACCGUUUUCUACUGUCUCCUGGUGUUCUUAAUAAAAACCUUUUUCACUUUUGCAAACAAA